CAUAACAUAACUUCAUCUUUGAAGACGAUUCUCGACGAGACAAAAUAAUAUAGUGAAUUGAAAAUGCAAAUAUUCCCAUGUAAAUUGCAUUAUUUUGUUUAAAUAAACAGAAGUUAAAAUAGUUAGGUUCAACAGAAGUUCAAUAUAGUUUAAAAGACUAAGGCUCGUAGAGAAAUUAAUCAUUUUGAUGACAGGGUGCCGGUGGAAUGAACAUCAAAACAUGUAGAAACAACUAUUGUUGUUGAUUUGAGUGGGUAUACAGUGUUUUCUUAGUUUAUAUGCUUGAUUCAAUAUAUUCUAGAUAAGAUAAAAGAUAAUGUAUUCGACUUGACUGAGUUAAAACCCUGAAAAAUCUAAUUACAAAAUACUCAACAUGGAUAAGUGCUACAACAAGCAAUGCACACAAAUUUCAUGAUUAAUAUUAAAAUUUAUGCUCUAAAUUAAGUAUAAAGUGUUGAAAUCAAAAGCAAAAUGGGAAAUAAGACUAGCUGCUGCUCUUAUUCUAGUCCCCAAGCUAGCCAUAGGGUCAUAAUGCCCAUUGAAGAGACCCUACAUGAAGGAGAAAUCAGUGUAUCAAAUUUACAGCAUAUUAGUGAACGGGAGGGAGAUGAUGGAGAAGAGGAUCCCUCACAAGACCCGAUGGCAAAAACCAUUUUCAUAGAAAGAUCAAAAACAGCCAUUGAAAAUGGAAUGAUCAGAAGGCGUAGCCAGCACCAAAUCGCUGAUCUUAGACCCUUGAAAAAGAGCAGUUCGUGUUCAACUAUUUAUCUGGAUGACAGCACAGUAUCUCAGCCUAAUUUAAAAAAUUCAGUUAAAUGUGUUGCUUUAGCUAUAUAUUAUCAUAUAAAAAAUCGGACAUCUCAGAGGGAAAUUGAUAUAUUUGAUGAAAAGUUAUAUCCGUUGUCCACAGCAGGUGUGAGUGAAGAUUAUGAAAAGCACAAUCCAGAACAUAGAUAUAUUUAUAAAUUUAUUAGGACUUUGUUUAAUGCUGCUCAACUUACUGCUGAAUGUGCCAUUAUAACUUUAGUGUAUUUAGAAAGGUUGUUGACCUAUGCCGAGUUAGAUAUCCAACCAUCAAAUUGGAAAAGAAUUGUUUUAGGUGCUAUUUUAUUAGCCUCAAAAGUAUGGGACGACCAAGCAGUCUGGAACGUAGACUACUGCCAGAUCCUCAAAGAGAUGACAGUAGAAGACAUGAACGAGCUCGAACGUCAGUUCUUGGAACUGUUACAGUUUAACAUUAACGUGCCGUCAAGCGUGUACGCAAAGUAUUACUUCGACCUACGCACCUUGGCCGAGGCUAACGAUCUGACAUUCCCUAGUGAACCUCUUAGUAAGGAGAGGGCGCAAAAACUGGAAGCGAUGUCCCGGGUAAAGGAGGACAAAUACACCGCCGAAGCGAUCAAGAACGGCUUGAAAAAGUGGUCGAGUUUGGACAAUGUUACGAACGGUGGCGUCGCCUCGCGUAGAAGUAUUGCAAUAUUAUCAUGAGUAUUUUGUAAGAUUCAUUUAUUUUGGGGCUUGCAGUUUUAUUGGUGAUUAACGAAAUUGUUUAUGAGAGUAUUUAAAAUUUGAGGGUGUGCUUGUAUCGGUCGACAUUUUGCUAGUCAUUGUCAAGAAUUGUAUGUUAUUAAUCAUUGUUUAUAAAAUAUCAGCAAUAAAACAGCCCUUUGCUUUCCUUACUGACUAAAUUUAGGUAUUUAGGGUUUACCAAAGUAAUUUUUAUAGAAUUCUUACUAUUUUUUAAUCUCAUUCUAUACAUAUAUUGUAUGUAAAUAUUUACACUGCUUUAUUGAUAGUAAAUAAAGGAAAAAGUUUCUGACUAA